UAUGGCUACCAAAUCACUCUCUAGCAAUUCAUACUCGUUCUCUAAGAUGAAGAUCGAUGAAGACGAAUGGGUUGAAUACAUGCGUAAAUCCGUGGUUGAACACGACGAUGAAAUGAUUGGCAAAAUUCCCGUAUGUAUCUUCGCAGUCCCUCAAGUACUUCUAGCCACCGACCCCGAAUCCUAUAUCCCACAACAAGUCGCGUUAGGCCCUUUCCACCAUUGGCGCCCAGAGGUCUACGACAUGCAGAGGUACAAGCUUGCUGCUGCCCGGAGAAUUCAGAAACACAUGAACGUGAGCUUCGAACAAAUCGUUGAGAUAAUGAAGAAAGACUACGAGGCUAGAAUCCGGGCUUGCUACCACAAGUUUCUUGAUAUGUCCGCUGACGCGUUGGUGUGGAUGAUGGCAGUUGACAUGGCGUUUUUACUCGAAUUACUUCAGGUGUACGCCAUGAAAGAAGAAGGUCGGGUUCUUGAGAAAGUUACAUCAUCUAUGUCUCAUGUGGUGGAUGUAACAGGGAAGAAGCUGUCUCACAUGGCGAUUCUUCGAGAUGUGGUGAUGGUGGAGAAUCAGAUCCCCUUGUUUUUAAUCAGGACGAUGAUGGAACACCAGUUAAGGAAAUUAACAGGUGGUCAAGUGAAGUCAGCUGAUGAGACGUUGAAGACAAUGCUCAUGGGGUUGUACCAGGAGCUCACUCCGUUCCAUGAACAACAGUUGCCGGAUGUUGACAUCAAUGACUGUGAUCAUCUUCUCGACUUUCUUUACCACAUGACCGUGCCCAACAACGAAGAACUCGUAAUCAUGGAGGUACUAGAGAUAACAUAUUUUUAUGGUUUUAUUGUUAUAUAA